UGCUCGGUCUCGAAAGAGGAAGACUCCUUUCUCUUGCACUUUCGAAAUGUUGGCGUUACCGCUGCUGAGUGCUUGGUUUUUUGCUGGCGCCUCAUCAACUUAUACAUCCCCUGGUGAGUUCUGUGCUACAACGCGCCCCCAACCACAUAUUAUUAUUAGCCAGAUAAUGGGUAUCUGGUUCGGUAAAGAAAUCAUUUACCAUCGAGACGAACAGUUUUACAAAAGAACGGAAUUUUCCUGUCCCAUAAUCCACAUAUCUGAAGAUAAAGAACGCACCACCACUUACAAUCCUCUAUACGGAAAUUACGAUUACAAAACCAAUUACGGACCAGCUCACGGUUAUGACAAUAGCUACAAUUCCGGGUACGAAACGAACUACCGUUCGAGGUACGGGGUGAGCCAAAGGCCUCAAACCACCAUACCGAUGACCAGAACGGCCGAGCAACAGCUCAGACGGAGGAUUUACGAGCAAGCUGAGUACGAUCGACAGACGACCUACGGUAAUUACCCGAACACCAGGAGGAAGCAUCUGUUCGACUUGAACAGGCACUUGGGGGAAUUGCAGUAUUUGAGAGUAAUUUGGGACGAGAGCGGGGAAACCACCGAGUUCCACAUGAGAUUCAACAUCACUCAUCCGGGUUUCUGGAUGAGCUCGGGGCCUGAGGCUAGGGGGUCUUCUUUGGAUCCCAAAGUUGGUCACUUGGCUGGGACUAUUCAGGUUUUGAAAGCAGUCGGUGAUCACAUGGUACUGACUUUUUGCCACGUUCUGCCGGAGGUCGAAUUGUUCACUAUCAUUCUGUCGAGAGAAUUGAAGUUCGAUCACGUUGAAAUUCUCAAAGUGCACAAUAUGUUGAAUCGCAGGGGACUGAGAACGACUUCAGUGGCGAAAGUUUGUAGUGGCGGAAGCGUUAUGCAUUUUAGUAUUGUCGGUUUUAUUAUUUGUUUACUUAAAAUUUUAUUCAAUUUACAAUUCUACAGAUAAAUAUAACGGGGUCUAAGUACAACGAAUUUUAAUAGUAACGCUGCUUAAAAUUGUUUAGGUAGGUAAAAAUGGUGAAUGGUGAUGUAGCUUUUAAGGCUGAAUUGAUUAGGUAUAUUUAAUUUCUUAUUUUACGUUUAUUUUCUUAUUUAGAAAAAUACUAGAUAUUUAUUAUAGUAUGUUGUACUGUAUAAAUAAUUUUUAAGUGCUAAUAUGUUAUAUUUUUACGAUUCCCAAUGAGUAGGAUUAUACCUCGCUAAAAUAUUCCAAUAUUUUUAUUUAAUAUACGUAAAAUUUUAUUUCUAAUAACUUCAUCU